GCAAUACGCGCGUAUAAUCACGGAAGAGUUGUCGCCCGCUACAGCACCAGCAAGCAUGGCUGCUACGUCUCCGCCUGGGACUUUCGCUCUCUGUGAUGAUCUCUUGUGGGAUCCUGCCGUCUCGGUGAACACAACGGACCCCGACCUGACACAAUGUUUCCAGAGAACCGUCCUCCUGUGGGUGCCGUGUGGCUUCCUGGCGCUCAUCGCCCCUUACAGGAUCUUCUCCCUCAGGAACAGCAGCAAGGGGCCCAUAUCAUGGUGGGGCUACAAUAUUGCCAAACUUGUCCUGGCCAGCUUGAUCGGGGUCAUCGCUUUGGCUGACAUUUUCCGCAGUGUCCAUGAGAUGACGGACGGGAAGUCGGUUCCCCCUGUCUACUUCAUAUCCCCUCUUGUCUUAUUUCUAACAAUGGUGUUGUUUUGCUUCCUAGUCCACUUUGAAAGAAAGAAAGGAAUCCGAACAUCCGGGUUUCUCUUCAACUUUUGGCUGCUGCUGCUCCUGGCAGCCAUCUUGACGUAUCAGUCGAAUAUACGACAUGCAGUCAGUCAGGGUGUAGAUGACAUGUUCCGGUUUGUGACGUAUAAGAUCUACUUCCCUCUAGUGAUAGCCCAGUUGAUACUAGCAGCUUGUGUAGAUAGAACACCGGCUAAUGCAGAUGCCACAAAGAAGACGGCGAACCCAUGCCCGGAGAUGAAUGUGUCCUUCCUGUCCCAGAUCACCUUUUGGUGGUUCACAGGGCUUGUGAUCCAGGGCUACAAGCGGGCGCUGGAGAGGAAGGACCUGUGGGCACUCAAUGACGUCGACACCUCAGCCACUGUCUUCCCCAAGUUCCAGCAGCAUUGGGACAAGGAGGUGGCCAAGGCAAAGGAACAUAAUGCACGACUCAUCAAACCUGUUAAUGGUUUGAAGACUCGAUACCAAGAUGGUGAGGUGUACACGGAGGUCAACCCGGAUGUCAAGGUCACAGAUGGAAGCAAUAAGGUCCUGAAGCCAAGGCUACUUCAUAGUUUAGUGAAGAAUUUCAUGGGGUUCUUCUUGAUGGCAGCAGGGUACAAACUCAUCCACGACAUCCUGCUGUUUGUCAACCCACAGCUGCUCAAACUCCUCAUCAACUUCACCAAGAACAAGGAUGAGAUGCUAUGGAGAGGCUACCUGUAUUCAGUGUUGCUUGUAUUAGUGGCUCUAGUUCAGUCCCUCAUCCUCCACCAGUACUUCCAUGGCUGCCUUGUCCUGGGCAUGAGGCUCAGGACCGUCAUCAUUGCUGCAGUGUACAGAAAGACGUUGAAGUUGUCCAAUUCUGCAAGGAAAACAUCCACGGUCGGUGAAAUCACAAACCUAAUGUCUGUGGAUGCUCAGCGGUUCAUGGACCUGACGACCUACUUCCACAUGAUCUGGUCCGCCCCCUUCCAGAUCUCCGUGUCUCUCUACUUCCUGUGGCAGACCCUGGGGCCGUCCAUCAUGGCAGGUGUGGGCGUCAUGGUCCUCCUCAUCCCCGUCAACGCUGUCAUCGCCAACAAGACCAAGAACCUUCAGGUUCAACAAAUGGCGUUGAAGGACAAGCGGAUCAAACUGAUGAAUGAAGUCCUCAAUGGAAUCAAGGUGCUGAAGCUGUAUGCAUGGGAGCCAUCGUUCCAGAAGAAGAUCCUAGACAUCCGGAACAAAGAGCUGGAUGUGCUGAAGAAGUCGUCCUACCUGCAGGCGCUGUCUUCCUUCACCUGGACCACAGCCCCCUUCAUGGUUUCCCUGACAACGUUUGCUGUCUAUGUGAUGUCGGACUCCAACAAUGUCCUGGAUGCGGAGAAGGCCUUUGUGUCGCUGUCACUGUUCAAUAUUCUCCGAUUUCCUCUCUCCAUGUUGCCCCAGGUCAUCACCAACAUCGUCCAGGCCAGUGUGUCACUGAAGAGGCUGCAGCACUUCCUUCAACACGAGGAGCUGGACCCAUCGGCUGUGCAGCAAAACCCCACAGACAAAUUGGCUGUGAGUAUUGACAAUGGGGUGUUCACCUGGGACCCAGAGGCAGCCACUACCCUCAAAGGAAUCAACUUCUCUGUGGAGGAGGGGUCCCUGGUGGCGGUGGUGGGGGUGGUAGGGGCAGGCAAGUCCUCCCUGCUGUCCGCUCUCCUGGGGGAGAUGGACCGGAUAUCAGGCACGGUCAAUGUCAAGGGGAGUGUUGCCUAUGUGUCCCAGCAACCCUGGAUACAGAAUGCUACGCUGAAGGACAACGUCCUAUUUGGGGAGACGUCUGAUGAUGAAGCAUACAGAAAAGUGGUUGGGGCGUGUGCCCUGGACCCCGAUAUUGAGAUGUUGCCGGCCGGUGACCAGACGGAGAUUGGGGAGAAGGGCAUCAACCUGAGCGGUGGACAGAAGCAGCGGGUUGCUAUAGCCCGAGCCGUGUACCAGAACACCGAUGUGUACUUGCUUGACGACCCCCUCAGCGCUGUUGACUCCCACGUUGGCAAACACAUCUUCGACAAUGUCUUAGGCCCAGAUGGAAUGCUUUCUGGCAAGACCAGAAUCCUGGUUACCCACGGCAUCAGCUACCUGCCAAGGGUGGACAAGAUCGUGGUGCUGGUUGACGGGAAAGUGUCUGAGGUUGGGUCCUUCGGGGAGCUCAUGGACCACGCAGGCGCCUUCGCGGAGUUCCUCAAGAACUACCUGACUGAGGAGCUUGGGGGGGAUGACAAGGGGGAGGAUCUCGGGGACAUGGAAGAUGUGAGUCUACGAGAAGAGAUCUUGUCUCAACUUGGUUCAGUACUGGAUGACACAAAGGAUCUUCAGACACAAGUUUCAAAGAUAUCGGAGCGUAUUCGCACAGAAUCGGAUCACACACACGGCAGUAGCCAUACCCUCAACUCCACUCACGAUCUCCGACAGAAGUCUGACCACCAUCUUGAUGCCAUCAGCAAAGUCAAGGUCAAUGAGACUGAAGCAGAUGGCAAGAAGCAGGAAGACAAACUGAUACAGGCCGAGGGAGUGGAGACGGGCAGGGUGAAGUUAGGUGUGUUCAUGGCCUACAUCAAGGCUAUUGGUCCCAUCCUGUCAGCCAUCAUCCUUCUCUUCUACCUCCUGUACAAUGCCGCCAGCAUCGGCUCCAACGUCUGGCUCAGCGACUGGAGUAAUGAUGCCGAGAGGUUCAACCACACCAACACUGCACAACGGGACAUGAGGCUAGGCGUGUAUGCAGCUCUGGGAUUUUCUCAAGGUCUCUUCAUAUUUUUUGGAACACUGAUUCGUACAAUUGGGGCAAGAGAUGCAUCCAAAAUUCUGCAUUUGAGUUUCCUAAAGAACAUCUUGAAAUCACCCAUGAGCUUCUUUGAUACCACCCCACUGGGUCGAAUUGUGAACCGAUUCAGCAAAGACGUGGACGGCAUUGACGUGACGAUCCCCUCGGUUGUCCACAUGUGGCUGUACUGCCUUCUGCACGUGUUCAGCACCCUGGUGGUCAUAUCCAUCAGCACCCCGCUGUUUCUCGUUGUCAUCGUCCCUCUGAUGUUUCUCUAUUACUUUGUACAGAGAUUUUAUGUGGCAUCGUCCCGGCAACUGAAGCGCUUGGAGUCAGUUAGCCGUUCCCCCAUCUACUCCCACUUCGGGGAGACGAUCACAGGAGCUGUGACCAUCCGAGCCUUCGGACGGCAGAGUUGCUUCAUACACGAAUCCCAAAAUAAAGUGGAUGAGAACCAGAUUUCCUAUUACCCGAGUAUCGUCUCCAACAGAUGGCUUGCAAUUCGCCUGGAGUUUGUGGGCAACUGUAUCAUCUUCUUUGCAUCGCUGUUUGCUGUUCUGGGUCGGGACAGUCUCAACCCGGGUAUUGUUGGACUGUCGAUCUCGUAUGCCAUGAAUGUGACACAGACCCUAAACUGGAUGGUGAGGAUGACGUGCGAGCUGGAGACGAACAUUGUGGCCGUUGAGAGAAUCAAGGAAUACACAGAGACCCCAACUGAGGCUCCAUGGGAGAUAGAAGACAAGAAGCCGGACAGUAACUGGCCAGUCUCUGGGAAGGUGACCUUUGACAACUAUCAGACACGCUACAGAGAUGGCCUUGACCUUGUCUUGAAGGGAAUCGACUGCAGUGUCAACAGUGGGGAGAGGGUCGGCAUCGUGGGCAGAACAGGGGCAGGUAAAUCUUCCCUGACGCUUGCAUUGUUCCGUAUCAUUGAGUCUGCAGGUGGCAGUAUCAACAUUGAUGGUAUUGACAUUGCCAAGAUUGGCCUACACGAUCUCCGAUCUAAACUGACCAUCAUUCCUCAGGACCCUGUCCUGUUUUCCGGGUCUCUCCGCAUGAACCUUGACCCCUUUGACCAGUUCAAGGACGAGGAUGUCUGGCGGGCCCUGGAACAUGCACAUCUAAAGAACUACAUAACCUCACUUCCAGAACAACUUCAGUACGAGUGUACCGAGGGAGGGGACAAUCUCAGUGUUGGACAGCGACAGUUGGUGUGUCUGGCCAGAGCGCUGUUACGGAAGACCAAGAUCCUUAUCCUGGACGAAGCCACAGCCGCUGUUGAUCUGGAGACGGAUGAUCUGAUCCAAGCCACGAUACGUACAGAGUUCGCGGAGUGUACCGUGCUCACGAUCGCCCAUAGACUCAACACCAUUCUGGACUAUAAUCGAAUCAUGGUUCUGGAUGCUGGAAAGAUCCGAGAGUACGAGAAUCCUCAGGUCCUUCUGCAGGACACCGACUCUAUAUUUUACGGAAUGGCUAAAGAUGCAGGUCUGGUAUUAUGAAGAAGCUGAGUGUCUGAGUGUCUGUCCAACUGGUUCACAGAGGUGCCAAAAGAGUUCUUCGUCUGUGAGGAGGAGGAAGAUGUUGAAGAGGUGUUUCAGAAGCGGCGCACGACUGCCGAGUGGCCAGGCUAGGGCUAUGUAGUUGGUUCAGAAAACAUUGACAAACAAUUCCCUGGACCGGUUUCAGCAGCCUGCUUGUUUUCAUGAAAUAACCUGGCAUGUGUCACACUGGUCAAGAUGACCUACAUUUCAAUGGAGUCUUGCAUGUUGUGCAAGUUGUGUGGAGGACUUGAAAUGGAAGCGAAUCGGCUUCCUCCUUCGUUCCUGGUGAUUGGUACUUACCAACUUUCAAAAGGGAAGGCACAACAAUUCAUUGACUGAUACGGGUUCCAUAAGUUGGAAGUUUAUUUCAGUUUUUUUAAAUUUAUCACCAGUACGCAAGGAACUUGAAGCCAGUAGGUCUUGCUCAUUGGUAGAAAAGGGUUCUUUUCAAGUCUGCAGGUGGCCCUUCAGGGCAUUAGCAGGAUAGUCAUUUUAAAGAUAAGGAAAGAUUUCUCAGUAGCAUGUGUUUUGAGGGAGUAACUAGUGUGUAUGCUUUGCUGUGAUUUUGGAAUGGUUUUAACUCCCUUACUGUUGCAGAAUAAGGGCUAUAACAAUGCAUUUUGCAUCAGCAUGAUACCUGGUAUUUUUAGCACUGUACCCAUGCUAGUGGGUUUCAUCAAAAUUAUCAUCCUCACCAAGCCAUGACAAGACUACACUUGCCUGCAAACAGUACAUGCUCGGGCUGGGAUUAGUUCAAAUUUACUGCCGGGGUACCUCGAGAGUUUAGUACUAAAUAUCCGAUUGACAAUUUUUUUACCAGAACCCUGGCAUAAGUUGACUGAAGCUUAAUCUUAGACAUAUAAUAGUCAGAAAAAGAUGUGAACAUUAGCAACUGCUCGUGUUACCAUGGAGUUUUAUUUUUUUUGUCAUUAAACAACAUAUCACGUGACUAACAUCAGGUCCAAGUAGUCCCAUGGUACCCAGGUCCUACUGACGGUCUACCCGACCCAAGUACCCAAGUUACCAGUCCAGCUAAUCCAUUUAAGGUGUAGGCUAUGGAACAGUGUGAAGUCAGAUGGUGGUAACUGACCAAUCGGCACUGAGAAUCACUAAAAUGCACAUCUGGUCACUGACCAAUCAGCACUGAGAAUCACUAAAAUACACGUGGUAACUGACCAAUCAGCACUGAGAAUCACUAUAAUGCACAUGUGCAAAUAUCAAAAAGUUACUAUUUGAUUUCUUUUUAUAUCAUUGUAUCAAAAGAAAUGUGUGUAUUGAAGGUACUCGGCUUCUGUAAGUUCUGUACCUAUGGUGUAUUGUUGGAGUCUGGUCAGUUAGAACAUUCUUGUGUCAUUUACGCUAUGGGACAUUAUUCGCCAGAGGGAAUCUUGUGUGGUGUUUUAUAAUGCACCUGAGCAGAGUACUUAAUCUGAUAAUCGUAUAUUUUGUGAUAAUCCAAAUGUUGUGCUCAAAAUAGUUUUUGUCACCAUUGAAAGUACAAAUUUAGCAGUACUGUUGUGUAUUUAUUGCUAUGUCAGGACAGUUCCGAGUUCUAUGUGUGACACCGAUACAGACAUGACAUGUAUGACUGACAAGCUGUGUGCAGACCUGUACCAGGAAACACAUCCCAUCAAGCAUGCCUUGCAGUGAUGUUUUAAUUGAUUGUAUGUUUACUUGCAGAGUCUUCCUCGUUGACACAAUAUUUAAGAAAAAAACGACAAGUGCACUCCGAAUGGUAUAAUCUCCAAGCAGUGUUUAAUUGUACGAUAAACAGCGACCACGAGUCGUUUAUUUCUUUUUUGAGAUAUCAACAUUAUGUACAGCCUCUUUAAGGACCUCAGAAAUGUCGCACAAGUCUAUUUUAUGAACGGGUGAGUUAUGUUUGGUAUUUCCUGCAUAUUCUCACAAUCCUCACGUCGAUUAUCUGUACCUUUUCUCCUAAUACUGUUUGUAAUAUGUCUCCCACUUUUGGAUGCGAUUGUUUGGCCACUGCGUUUAUCUGCUACAUCAGCCCAGCUACAUCUGUGGGGAACAACUUAAAAGACACUUCGGACUUCCUCUCAAAAAAACAUUGUUGAAUAUAUGACAUCAAGCUGAGAGCGCAUAUUCGAAUCUCCAGAAAUGAAAUCAUGAUAGAACAAUGUUUUUAUCGUGAAAUAAACCAUGCUUUGUUCUUCAUUAUUCUUUGCUAUAUAUCUCGUAGCUAUCUUAUGUUACUUGGUAAUGAAAUGAUUAGCAGAAAUAGGAAAGUUACAUUUGUAUAACAUUCAUGUAAGGCUAAAAAAAUUAAUAGUCUUGGUUCUCAGGCACUGCCAGCAUCAUUUUAAAGUGUGUCGCACGUUUAGUUUUUUUCUCACAUUUUUAAUAAGAUAAAAAAAUCCUAAUACUUAAAAACAAUGCGAUCCAAUAGAGCAUGCAAUUCGCAUCUUGUGUUAUGGUAAGGGCGGCAAUAGGAGUUUGUAUGCUUGUUUUUUUCCCAGGUUAAUGGUAAAAUAUUUUUAUUUGGUUACAUACUAGUUUGAACAAGCAAAAAAAAAAAAAACCAUUGCCUGCCUGCAUGAUAUUUUCAAAAGUCAUUUUCUGAGAACCAAUUCUUUUAUUUUUUUUAAACCUAAUGAACUCAAUGGUUUUUGAGAAACUCAUCAAAUGGAAAAGGUCAAAUGUUUUUUUCUGUGUGUUCAACAUUAACUCAGUGUUUAUGUCCAAGGACUUGUUGAAGAUGCUGUAGACUGUAGUAGACAUUGCAGUGUAGAUGCUAUAGCCAGUUUGUAGACAUAGCUGUUGUAGAUGCUGUAGACAUUGCUGCUGUUGAUGCUGUAGACAUUGCUGCUGUUGAUGCUUUGGAACGGUAAUAUUAAUGGUGCCAUUGUGUACAGGCCCAGUGGGCUCUGAUCCAUUUGUCAAAAUUGGAGGUUGAUGUCAUGACGAUUGACCGUCUUGAAUUGAUGAAACUGAUCAAAACAUGUGCUUCAUAAAAGUACCAUUGAACAAAAAGUGUUGUGCAAUAGCCAUGUUGUUCAUUUCAUGAUGAUUAUUUAUUAUAUUUAGAUGUUAUAUUUUAUGUGUUGAACAAUGGGAGAGUCCAAAGUUUGGAUUAACCCACAAAAUACAAAUAUACAUACACAGUUUGUCAUCGUACCGAAAUGUUUUAAGACUUAUGUAUACUUGUUUUUAUUUACCUACAAUUUGAGAUUGACUUAUACUGAUUUAUACUGAGGCUGGGGAGGUGGUGAAUCAAAUCUUGGUAGUGGCUCAUCUUUUCUGUCAUGUUGGCAUAAAGCUUGACAAAAACACAAACUGCUUUAGGAUUUCAAUUGGAAAAGAGGUGGGUCUCUAAAAAAACAUAUUAUUAAGGGUCGGUGGGGUAGCCUAGUGGUUAAAGCAUUCGCUCGUCCUGCUGAAGACCCAGGUUUGAUUCCCAACAUAGGUACAGUGUGUGAAGCCCAUUUUCCGGUGUCCCCCGCCCUGAUAUUGCUGGAAUAUUGCUAAAAGAGGCGUAAAACCAUAAUCACUCACUGAAAACAUAUUACCUUUUGUUUGCUGUGUACUUGUAUCAGCUGGAAGGACAGCCAUGACUGAGUGGAAUUCAUGUGAUUUAAGAAAAGAUCUCGAGGCCCAGUAUGGAUUGCAUAUAAAUAACCUUGGUGAUGAUCAUACUAAAGAAUUAUAAUUUGUUCAGGUGAUUUAGAACAUUUUGUGCAAAGGUUGUAUAUUUUCAUGUACAAAGUUUUAUUAUGUUUUUAUUUCAUGUUUUAGACAAUGUGCUGUAGCGACAAUGAUCAAUUUCUCCUUCUAGUCAAGGACAUCUUUGUAGUCAUGGUUUCCAUGUAAUCCAGGGCACGACUGUGCUGUGCCAUGUUUGACUAUUGGAAUCUCACAACUCAUGCAUGACAAAUAGAACACUACCUCUUCUAGGAAGACAUUCUAUAUUUUCUACAUUUGGAUUUUCAGCUCUCAUCACUGGUGUGAUGUUUUGAGAAAUAUGAACCUGUGGUCCUUUGUAAUUGACUCAUGUAGCAUACAGUCAAUCAAACUUAAGAAGAUUUGUGGCAUUUGUUUUUGAUAAUCAUUUCCUUUGAACUUCCGACAUUAAAAGAGUGAAUGAGUGAAUAUUGCUUAAUGUGCAUAGGGAAUUAAACAGGUAUUCAUUGUCAAUGCUUUCUAUAAAUGAACAGUUAAAUGUGAAACUAAAGUCUGUAUUUAAACUUUUUGAGCUGUAUACAUAUAUUAGUGUGUGUUAUAAAUGUGUGAUUACUGAUGAUGUUGCCAUUCACUGUGUGCCUUCUGUUAAUGGACAGUCAUUGUUGAUUUCCUCAUCUAGGAACUGUGGUUUUGUACUCAGUAUGCUUGUCUGCUAUUAGACAAGAUGUAUCUAGCCGUCUUGCUCUCCAUUGAACAUGGACUUCAGGGUGCUGUUACCAUGGUUACAGCGAAACCCUGUUAGUCCCCAAGUCGUCUGGUGGAGAACUGUUGGGAACAUCUAUAUGUAAGACAGAUGGCUCGUUACAGUGAUUCAUAAACCUGGACAGAGGUGGGGCAGCCUAGUGGUUAAAGUGUUUGUUCCUCACGUCGAAGGCCUGGGUUUGUUUCCCAAUUGGGUAGGAUGUGUGAAGCCCAUUUCCAUUGUCCCCUGACAGGAUGUUGGACAUGGUUUAAAGCGGUGCAAAACACCGACUCACUGUCACUAGGAAUCUGAAGAUAAACAUGGUUUAAAGCGGUGCAAAACACCGACUCACUGUCACUGGGAAUCUGAAGAUAAACAUGGUUUAAAGCGGUGCAAAACACCGACUCACUGUCACUGGGAAUCUGAAGAUAAACAUGGUUUCAAUGUCCAAACAUCAGCUUUGAAUACAAGUACUUAUGGUUAGAAGUGUCAAAUAUGGAUGUGCUGUAUAUUUUGAUUGUUACUUUUGAUUGUUGACUUUUACUUUCGAUUGUUGACUGUAUGUGUGUAAGUAAUAUAACGGUAUGCUGCAUUUAUGUUCUUCAUGCUGCAUUUAUGUUCAUGCUGCACUUAUGUUCCCCUGUUCCCAGGAAGUGGUAUGGACGAGGCCUUCAAUUACAGCGGCUUAUAUAACAGAAUGUCUUCAUAAUUCAAGGGUAGAUCUUAUCCACCAGCUCCCUGGUUUUGACCGUAAUACAUUUAGCAACAAUUGACAAAUAACUCUGUGCCUUGUAUUGUGUGCAUCGUGUCAUUUUAGCAUUGGAAGACUGUACAUAAAUAGAUAUUUUAUGUAGAAGAUUUUGAUUUUAUGGAUUGUAUGUAACAGACAUGGUUUUGAAAAUAGUGUCAACUUUUAGUUUUAAUGGCUUAAUAUUUUCAUUAGCCAUGCUGCCAAGUUAAUUAUAGUGCUCAAGGUUUUGGAGGUAUUUGAUUUUUGCACAUACUCAUACAGUAUGGUGUAGCUUGUGUUUAAUUUGAAAUGAAAAACCAGUAUGAUUUGCUAAAUUCAUGCAACCAUGUUUGGAUCAAAGGGCUAUAAGUGCUGCAAGUGCCCUGUGAAGAGUUGCCUUCCUUAGCUGUGACAGGAUCUGCUUGCCAUGGGUAUGAAUUAAGAUUUCACCCUCAUACUUAUCCUUGGUCUGUGAGCUCCACACCAAGCGGGUUACAUUAAGAUGGCACACAGCUGACCUCGGGAACAAGGGACUUGCCUCCAUAUUUAGCUGGGAUAGGACUGAAUACUGUUCAAAACAGCAUAACUCGUAAUAAUGGUCAUAUAAAUAAUGCAACAAAUCCACACAUUAAAUCAUGUUCAAAGUGCUCAUUAUUACCCUGGUCAAUGGAUUAAUAUGCACUCAAUCAUUCUCAGCACCCUGGGGAGCAUACUCGCAUACUGCAUCCAUGUAGAGGUUAUCACUGCUUCUUUAAAAAUCUUUCAAAAUGAACUUUACUAAAUACUAUAUUUUGCUCAAAUAUAUAUGAAAUUGUAGUUCAGUAAUAUAAUGAGCUGUUCGACAAGGGUCAUUUUUCAGCUGUUGAUGUAAGUCCUCACUAAAAGUCCAUAUUGCCAUGUUAAUAUCAGAUUUUGGUAUAUUUGUUCUUUAAUGCUACAACUUAAUCCAUGGUCGAAAUAUUUCUUUUGAAUUUGUAUAAUGUUAGCCAAUAAUACAAACCUAUUGAAAUUUAAUAUCUGAAUAUUGAUAUAAGGUACACAACAUGUAGGCAAAUUAAAGAGAUGUAGGGCUUAUGUUGCCAGCAUUUUAAGAUUCUCUAUGUAUAUCUUCAUACAAAGUCACAAUGCCUGCACUUCACACAGCAGGAAAAUAUAUUGGCUCCAAUUUAUUCCAUUUGUAAAUCAGACUUAUAUGACAAACUGUUUUUAUCAACAUUUAAGACACUGAGAUAAGAGAGGUAAGCUUCAUUCCAGCUGCGUUCAUAGUGAUCAGUGAGCUUCUAAAACAUGAAAAUGCUGGCAGUGACAGCUGCUGCCAGAUUCACAUUUGUUUCUGAUAGGUAUGUGUAGUUAGGAACAGCAGGGAUGCUAUGCUUUUCAGCAAAGCUAAUACCGUAAUUCCUCAAAUAGAUGCUGCUUUGGAUACACAUAGGGUGUAACAGAUUCGCGAUAUGAAUAAACGCCUGCCUUGAUUAGAUGCCAGGUCUAAACAUAUAUUCCUUUAGGUACUCAAUAUAGUGAUAUUGAAACAAAAACUGUUAUACAAAAAAAUGAGAACAUUACACGACACUUUCAUGGAAAUUAAAAGGCUUUAUCAUAAAUGAACAAUAGAUGCCUGCCUUGAAUAGGCGCCAAAAUAGAUUCAAGGAUUUAGGGUAAGUUUUUCUGUGAAAUACUCCGAAGCAGCUACAACGCUCCUCACUUAUUCUAACAUCAGUUUAUAUUUAUUGUUGCUGCUCUUAUGCACAAAAUGAGCUAUUGUUCUGUUUGUCCCGCAACAGCUGUUGUGUUGACAUGGACGUUUUCCCAGUGUUAACUGAUUUAUCAUGCCACUUGCCCGAUGUUAAGUACUGUAGUCCUAAAGUUGUAUGGUCUUGCAUUACUGGUACCUUUUGUAUUGAGUCUAGUCGUUUGUGCAAGUAGUUUUAGUUUUGCAAGGGAAGACUUGUGGUUUUAGAUAUUUAUUGCCAACAGAAUAUAUAAACACAGUAAACAUUUUUGGUCUUGUUAAGCAAUACUAGCUAAAACUGAAUAAGUUUUACACUAGACCUCUGGACUAGUCUU